UCGUCGGACUCAACUCAAGGCAGGCUCUCCAGCCCCCAAGCUUCAUCAUCAAGCUCCCCUUCUGUUGAGGCUCUCGCAUUUGCUGAGAGCUUCUAGUAAACGAGUCCGAUCUCCGCCGUUGUGUCAUAACUUAGAGCUUGCGAAUCUGUCAUGAAACUUGUUCUCAGAGCGGUACGCAUUUGGCACUCAUGAGCGUUUUUGGAAAAUUUGCGAGGACUUCCUUGGUGGCAGUAUUUCCAGGAGUCAGGAACCCGUCGCACUGAGUGAUUGCGGCGUAAUUGGAUUUAUUCCGGGUUGUGUAUGCGGAGUUUCGGCGUUUGAGUCGACAUCGAGAAGUUCUGCGCGAGUUUUUGGUGGUUUAAGUGCACGAGCAGUCAGCUCGCUUGUGCCUUACAUGAGUCGGUUAAGAUUGUGCCAAUAUAUUAUGCAUUUCUGUUUCAGAAGUUGAGAGAAGUCUCUAAUUAUUGCCCUAUUGUUGUUGCGGAGGUUCUUUGUUUCUUUUGGAAAUGCGAUGCACAGUUUCCACGUGGUAGAACGGAACUUCCAUUUUUCUUUCAGAACUUGCUCGUUCUAAAGUUCGGCCCUCCAUUGCAUGCCGGAAAUUUGUGUGGAUGGAAUUGAGAAUCACUGCGGCAUCGAAUCGUGCAAUUGUCGAAACUUUUAGCAAUAGUAGACAACCAUCGAACAUCUUUAGAAUAUUUUUCGUUCCCCAUGGAUUACAGAAGCCUAAGUGGUUUGUUUGAGGACGAGGAGGAAGAGCAGGAGGAUACCUAUGACACGGAUUUGUUGGCCAACAAGGAGUAUCUGGUGUACCUCAUUGAUUCUGGCUGCGACAUGAUGCUGCCGUUUGAGAAAGGGGAGUCAUGCUUAAAAUGGGCGAUGAAGGCUGUCGAAGAAAACUUGAAGAAAAGGAUUAUUGCGCGAGAUGACAAAGUUGGAAUUUGUUUCUUCAAUACAUUGAAAAAGAAGAAUAUCCAAGAGGCAGACGGUGUGUAUGUGUGGUCGGAGCUUGAUGAUUUGUCGGCGGAGCUCAUUAGAAACUUUCGUUCCUUGCAUGGAAGUUUCCAAAAGGAUAUUGGUAGUCAAGUCACGGCAGCAGCAAAUGCAAGGGAGCAUCCUUUACAUGAUGCACUGUGGGUGGUACAGGCUAUGCUUCGUUCAGGUGUAAAGAACGUGGAAAAGUCUGUAGUUAUCAUCACAAACAAUGACGAUCCAUUUGGUGAUAUUAAUGACGCUUUCGUGAGGAAGGAUUUGGAGCGCACAACCAUCCAACGAGCCUUAGAUGCUCAAGAUUUGGGAAUAAAUAUCGAAUUGGUUGCCUUAAACACUCCUGAUAAAUUAUUUGAUAAGACCUUCUACAAUAUGAUUACUCAAUUUGAGGGUAACGAGGAUGCAUCACAAGAUUCUGAACCAUCUUCCAGAUUUGAUGAUCUCGUGGACACCUUGAGGAGAAGAAUGUACAAGAAACGAAUUGUACGCAAAAUGCUCUUGACAGUCGGAAGUGGUACUGAGAUUGCGUUGAAAACAUAUGCUUUAAUACGCCCCGCAGUGCCACCCUCUCACAUUUUUGUUGAUUCGCGUAACAAUCAGCCCCUCAAGAUCGAAAGGACCUACAUCUGUUCAGACACCGGAGCAUUGAUGCAUGAGCCUCUGAAGAGAUUUGAAGAAUAUCAAGGGAAGAAGGUCGUAUUUUCUGUGGACGAUGUGUCAGAUAUCAAAAGGAUAUCCAGUGUUCAACUUCGACUCUUGGGAUUCAAGUCUAUGUCAUGUUUACAACCGUAUCACAAUUUGCGCCCGUCAACUUUCAUAUAUCCUGACGAAGUGGCGGUAAAGGGAAGCACAUGCGCUUUUAUUGCUUUACACAGAGCUAUGGUGCGAUUGAACAAAUAUGCUCUUGCUUGCUUGUCGUCACGAGCAACAUUUCAAUUGGUUGCACUAGUUGCACAGGAGGAAGAAGGUGAUAGCACAAAUGGCAUGAAUGUGAUAUAUUUGCCUUAUUCGGAUGAUAUUCGCCCUGCGGAGAAGUACCAUACAAGCAUCUCCCCAAUUUCGAAGGCAUCGGAAGAGCAAGUGGAGAUGGCAACAGAUUUAAUUAAAAAACUUCACUUAAAGAACUUUUCAGUUACAGAUAUUCAAGAUCCAGCUCUACAGAAACAAUAUAGAAUCAUUGAGGCAGUGGGACUUGAGGAAGAUGAUAUCUCAGAAAUUGAGGAUGAAACUCUACCAGAUUCAAAGCGUAUAGAACGUGCAAGUUUUUUUGCGAAGAUAUUUAAGAAUAGUGUGUUCGGGGAGCAAUACGAUGAAGAGGAAGCAGAAUCUGCUGCUGCAAAAGAGAAGGGCGGCGCAGCAGCACAGAAGCGCAAAGCAGCCGCAGAACUGGCUGCCACAGAAGCUCAAGAGUAUAAUUGGGUACAGCUAGCAGACGCUGGAAAGCUCAAGAGUCUUACUACAGAGCAGCUCAAAAUUUACUUGAGAGCUAACGGCCUCCCAUUGUUGGGCAAAAAGGACAUCUUGAUCAAUCGAAUUCUUACUCAUCUUGGCAAAUGAGGUCAAAGCUGCUGCUUGCCUGAUUUUUGUGGAUCCACGUUGUACAUUAAAAUUAUUGGAGUUUUGAGCAGAGAGCAUAGUUGCAGUGUACCUCGUGGUUCCUCAAACUCAUGCAUUGGUAAUGUAGCGACCGGUUUUAUUAUUUUUCCCAGUGAUGGGAGGGUAGCUAACUCAACGCGAUAAUGUCAAAUACUCGUUUAUUGGGUUCUGAAUUUCUGCAAUGAAAAUUAUAAGCUUACAACAGUAGUUGAAACAUUCAUAAAAAAAUAACUUAUCCA